UAUCUACAAUGGAACAUGGCGGAUCUCCACUUCUCUUUCUCGCUCUAAAGCCUUUGCUCCUCCAUACCUUAUUGAGAUGGUAGCAGUUCAGAGGGUGUAUUUUCCGUAUUUUUUGUCUCUGAAGGCAGCUUAUGCUGCUGUUUGUCUUGCAGGAUUGCCUUUGCCUCGGCAAUCUCCACCGCCCCAAUUAAAGAUUUCUCCAGAAAAAACCCAAACCCAGGUUCUAUCUGGGCGAAACACAAGUUGUUUCUAUGUGUUUCAUGUCUUGAACUUGUCGCCGUUCUUGGGCAUUCAGUACAAUCAUCGAUCUUGGUUGCAUAAACAUACACACUGCAUCAACUCGCUGAUUUUCAGUGACUUUCACCUAAAAAUCGGAAUCUAUUAUGGGUGCGGGCCUUUUGGUCGGUGAAAUCUCCAGUUUAUGGCCACAGACGGCGAGUUAUUCAGCCGUAAACAAUCUUUCUGGAGCCUUUGAGGAUUGGCCUACAUUGGAACUAGCAUCAAUUUGCAUAAACUUGACAUUGCUCCUCGUUUUUCUGUUCAUCUUAUCAGUGCGACGGAUAUCUGUGUGUGUUGGUCGGGUUCAAAUCUUAAAGGAGGAUUCAAAUGCGAACAUAGGUCUGACACACCAAGGUGUUGAUAGUGAGAUUUCAAGUAUUGAAAUUGGUACUGGAUACAAAGCUUCAAUAUUUUGUUGUUUCUAUGUGUUGUUUCUGCAAUUACUGGUUUUAGGGUUUGAUGGUGUUGGUUUGCUAAGAGAUGCUUCACACGAGAAGGGUUCAAACUGGGUCCUUUUAAUUUUGCCUGCAUCUCAGGCUUUGGCUUGGUUUGUGCUGAGCUUUUCAGUCCUUCACUGUAGAUUCAAGGUCUCUGAAAAAUACCCAUUUUUGUUGAGGGUGUGGUGGGUUGCGUCUUUUUUUAUUUGCUUGUGUACUUUGUAUACCGAUGGAAAAGAAUUUCUGAUAGAAGGUUCAAAACACUUGAGUUCUCAUGUUUUUGAAAACUUGGCGGUGACCCCGGCCCUCGCUUUCCUCUGUUUUCUUGCAACUAGUGGGGCCACGGGUAUAAAUGUAUGCCGGAACUCUGAUCUUCAAGAACCAUUGCUGCUUGAAGAAGAAGCAGGAAUUCUUAAGGUUACACCUUAUAGUGAAGCGGGGUUCUUUAGUCUGGCCACACUUUCCUGGUUGAACUCUCUGCUCUCAAUUGGUGCAAAGAGACCACUUGAGCUGAAGGACAUUCCACUUCUUGCACCAAAAGAUCAGUCCAAGGCCAAUUAUAAGAUUUUAAAGUCAAAUUGGGAGAAUUUGAAAGCCGAGAAUCCUCUCGAGCAGCCUUCUUUAGCGUGGGCUAUUCUCAAAACUCUCUGGAAGGAGGCAGCCUGUAAUGCCAUUUUUGCAGGUCUGAAUACUCUUGUCUCCUAUGUGGGUCCAUACAUGAUCACCUACUUUGUCGAUUACUUAGGGGGAAAUGAGACUUUCCAACAUGAAGGUUAUAUUCUUACCGGAAUAUUCUUUUCAGCAAAGUUGGUGGAGACACUAACAACUCGGCAAUGGUAUCUUGGGGUUGACAUUUUGGGCAUGCAUGUUAGGUCAGCUCUGACGGCAAUGGUUUAUCAAAAGGGACUAAGACUCUCGAGCUUAGCCAGGCAAAGUCACACCAGUGGGGAGAUUGUGAACUACAUGGCAGUUGAUGUUCAGAGAGUGGGAGAUUACUCAUGGUAUCUCCAUGACAUUUGGAUGCUUCCUAUGCAAAUCAUUCUUGCCCUUGCCAUUCUGUAUAAGAACGUUGGCAUUGCUUGUGUUGCAACCUUGAUUGCAACCAUUAUCUCAAUAGUAGUAACUGUCCCAUUUGCUAAGCUUCAAGAAGAUUAUCAAGACAACUUAAUGGCUGCUAAGGAUGAUAGGAUGAGGAAGACUUCUGAGUGUCUAAAGAACAUGAGGAUUCUGAAGCUGCAGGCUUGGGAGGAUAGGUACCGAGUGAAGCUGGAGGAAAUGCGGAACAUGGAGUUUAAGUGGCUCCGGAAAGCUCUUUACUCUCAGUCUUUUAUUACGUUCAUCUUUUGGAGCUCCCCAAUUUUUGUUUCGGUUGUGACUUUUGGUACUUCCAUAUUGUUGGGUGGUCGGCUUACUGCAGGUGGCGUUCUUUCUGCUUUGGCCACUUUCAGGAUUCUCCAAGAACCACUUAGAAACUUCCCUGACCUGGUGUCUAUGAUGGCUCAGACAAAAGUUUCCCUUGAUCGGAUUGCAGGAUUCCUGGAGGAGGAAGAGUUGCAGAAGGAUGCUACUGUCAAUCUACCACGAGGCUCCACUGAUGUAGCAAUAGAAAUUAAUGAUGGUGAGUUCUGCUGGGAUCCUUCUUUUCCCAAGCCAACGUUAUGUGGAAUCAAAAUGAAGGUGGAAAGGGGAAUGCAUGUGGCUGUCUGUGGCAUGGUUGGUUCUGGGAAAUCGAGCUUCCUUUCUUGCAUCCUUGGCGAAAUUCCAAAAAUCUCUGGUGAAGUUAGAGUAUGUGGUUCUGCUGCUUAUGUUCCUCAAUCAGCUUGGAUACAAUCUGGAAAUAUAGAAGAGAAUAUACUUUUUGGUAGCCCAAUGGAUAAGGUGAAGUACAAGAAUGUUAUCCAUGCAUGUUCGCUGAAGAAAGAUUUGGAGCUUUUCUCACAUGGGGAUCAGACCAUCAUUGGGGAUAGGGGCAUAAAUCUGAGUGGUGGCCAGAAGCAACGUGUACAGCUUGCCAGGGCACUUUAUCAAGACGCAGACAUAUAUUUACUUGAUGAUCCCUUUAGUGCUGUUGAUGCACACACUGGUUCAGAAUUAUUCAAGGAAUACAUAUUGACAGCACUAGCCACUAAGACCGUAAUUUUUGUAACCCAUCAAGUUGAAUUUUUGCCUGCUGCAGACAUGAUACUGGUUUUAAAGGAAGGCCGCAUCAUUCAGGCUGGCAAAUAUGAUGAACUUUUGCAGACAGGAACCGGUUUUGAAACUUUGGUUUCAGCUCACCAUGAAGCAAUUGAAUCUAUGGAUAUCCCCAAUUGCACAUCUCAAGAUUCAGAAGGAAGCAACCCCUUUGAUGGGCCUGUUCUACUAAAAUGUGAAUCAAUUGGAAAUGAUAUUAAUUUGGGAAAGGAAGUACAAGAUGGUGGAUCGUCUCUUGGCCAAAAACCAAUUAAAGAAAAAAAGAAAUCAAAACGCUCAAAGAAAAAGCAGCUUGUUCAGGAAGAGGAGAGGGAGAGAGGAAGAGUUAGCAUGAAAGUGUACUUGUCUUAUAUGGCUGCAGCAUAUAAAGGCUUACUAAUCCCACUCAUUAUUCUUGCACAAACACUGUUUCAGGUGCUUCAAAUAGCUAGUAAUUGGUGGAUGGCUUGGGCAAAUCCACAAACAGCAGGGGAACAACCUAGAACAAGUAGUAUGGUCCUCCUUGUUGUUUAUAUGGCUCUUGCGUUUGGGAGUUCUUGUUUUAUAUUUGUCCGGGCUGUGCUUGUAGCCACAUUUGGCCUAGCAGCAGCACAAAAAUUGUUUCUAAAAAUGCUUAUAACUGUGUUUCGAGCACCAAUGUCCUUCUUUGACUCAACUCCAGCUGGAAGGAUCUUGAAUCGUGUUUCUGUUGAUCAAAGUGUCGUUGAUCUUGAUAUUCCAUUUAGACUUGGUGGAUUUGCUUCAACAACAAUCCAGCUUCUUGGUAUAGUUGGUGUAAUGACAACAGUUACCUGGCAAGUCUUGCUUCUUGUCAUCCCAAUGGCAAUUUCUUGCUUGUGGAUGCAGAAAUACUACAUGGCUUCAUCAAGGGAGCUGGUCCGCAUUGUUAGCAUCCAGAAAUCUCCAAUCAUCAAUCUUUUUGGUGAAUCCAUUGCUGGAGCAGCCACAAUUAGAGGAUUUGGGCAAGAAAAGCGGUUCUUGAAGAGGAACCUUUAUCUUCUUGAUUGUUUUGCUCGUCCAUUCUUCUGCAGUCUUGCAGCCAUUGAGUGGCUCUGCCUACGGAUGGAGUUACUCUCUACUCUUGUAUUUGCUUUCUGCAUGGUUUUACUUGUGAGCUUCCCUCGUGGAAGUAUAGAUCCAAGUAUGGCAGGCCUGGCUGUGACUUAUGGCCUUAAUCUGAAUGCACGGCUAUCACGGUGGAUUCUUAGCUUUUGCAAGCUUGAAAACAAAAUUAUUUCUGUGGAAAGAAUUUAUCAAUACUGCCAAAUCCCUAGCGAAGCUCCACCAGUUAUUGAGGAUUCUCGUCCACCAUUGUCAUGGCCAGAGAAUGGGACAAUUGAACUGAUCGAUUUGAAGGCCCGUUACAAGGAGAAUCUUCCCCUAGUCCUUCAUGGUAUAACCUGCACAUUUCCUGGCGGCAAGAAGAUAGGUAUCGUUGGACGUACUGGAAGUGGUAAAUCUACUUUGAUCCAGGCAUUAUUCAGAUUAAUUGAACCUGCGGAUGGAAGAAUUAUUAUAGACAACAUUGAUAUUUCAACUAUUGGUCUUCUUGACCUUCGUAGCUGUCUGAGUAUCAUACCCCAAGAUCCAACCUUAUUUGAAGGGACCAUUAGGGGAAACCUUGAUCCCCUUCAAGAACACUCAGAUCAGGAAAUAUGGCAGGCACUUGACAAGUCUCAGCUAGGUGAGAUACUUCGCCAGAAAGAGCAAAAGCUUGAUACACCAGUUCUAGAGAAUGGAGAUAAUUGGAGCGUUGGACAGCGACAACUAGUUUCCCUAGGCCGGGCUCUACUGAAACAGGCAAGAAUUCUGGUUCUUGAUGAAGCAACUGCUUCAGUUGAUUCGGCCACUGAUAAUCUUAUCCAGAAGAUUAUCCGAACAGAGUUCAGAAACUGCACGGUCUGCACUAUUGCUCAUCGUAUCCCAACUGUUAUCGACAGUGACUUGGUUCUGGUCCUUAGUGAUGGUCAAGUUGCAGAGUUUGAUACUCCUGCACGGUUAUUAGAGGACAGAUCUUCGAUGUUUCUCAAGCUGGUGACAGAGUACUCAUCUAGGUCAAGUGGCAUACCAGAUUUUUGAACCGGGUGACAUGCCCAAAAAGCUCGAGUGUACUAGCAACAGGAGCGGGGAGCUUCCUCAAUGAGCCGGCCCGUGGUGUUGCUUCAAUCGACAACUGGUAAAUCGCGCCAUACAGGCAGGAUACUAUCAUAUUGAAACCCCGAAAAGAGUAAAUAUUCCAGGGACAAGUGUGUGCAAGUUAGUUCACAUCUGUUGAGUGCAGUUGACCAAUUCAGAUGCUGGCAGGCUAUGCCAAAAUAAUAAAUUGCUUCAGCAGAGCAGAAGAAAGCCAAUAAAUAGAGGGGCAAUAGUGAUGAGUAUGCAAUAAAGAGUAGUAGUAGUAGGUUCUUUCUUGCAUUGAGCUAGCCUUGAAAUUUAGCAGCUACGCUUCGUGUUAACUUGCGGAAUUGCGUGUACUCUUUUUACCUUUACUGUGAAAAUGCAAAUUUUUUUGUGUUGGUGAAUAGAAAUAA